AGCCACCAAACUCAUAUAAGAGGAAGUGCCCGGAGGCACCUAGGCACGCGCUGGCCGGGGACGGGACGGAGACGGCACCGAGGGCGCCCGCUGCCCAGGAGGUCUCCGGUUUGGGUGAGAAGCGACUGAAACGAAAUGAGUAAAAGCUACACUUCAAAGCACCCAGGACGGGUGGUCUCCGACGCAGAGGAUCUGAAGGUGUUCUGGGAGAAGAAAAUCCAGCAUCACGCACGGCAGCUGCAGAGAGAGGGCGAGCGGAUCCGCAGGAGCGCCCUGGACAGGCUCCGUGGAGAAUGGGCUCAGAAGCUGGAGCUGAGGCACAGGGCGCUGCAGGCUCCCCUGGAGGCCGCCCCGCGGGCCUCCGGAGACAAGACGGCAGCCUGAGUCCUGCGUGGAACGGAGGCACACAGCCAGUCACGUGAGUUCCCCCGAGAAGGGACACCCCGUGAGGGGCUGUGUGUGGGCACCGCCCGCAGAGCCACUGCACCCACAACCAAGCUUCACGGGCGCUCUCCCGCUGCUCCGCUCGGCUGCUAUUGGUUUUGCUUUUGAAGCACAUAGUA